AAUUACAAAAAAAAAUCUCCCUGUCUUCCACUCACUCUUAUCUCUUCUCCCAGCAGCCAUGGCCGUGAAAUUCAACGAUGGCGGCGGUGGUUACCUGGCUAUCAAUACUUCCGCCACCGAAACGAACGAAAGCGACCCGUUUCUUUCCUCCUAAGGCUUAAAAUCUCCUCCCUCCAACUGGAAUUGAACUUCACUCCUUCUCCUUUCUACCAAUGGCGUGGUUAGUCACUCUAAUGAUGGUGCUCUGCACGUGUCACUUCGCUACCGCCGCCGCGGCGGAGAAUCGUCCGAGUCAGCCGGGUCUGACUUCACUCACUAAGGAGCUGCUGCAGAUGGCAAGAGAGCCGGAGUUCUUGGGAUGGCUGAGAAGCAUCCGGAGGAGGAUCCACGAGGAUCCGGAGCUGGCUUUCCAAGAAUUCAACACGAGUCAGCUGGUGGCGGAGACCGGGGUCGUUGGUUCGGUCGGGUCAGGGUCGCAGCCGUGGUUCGGUCUGAGAGCGAACAUGGACGCGGUGCCAUUCAGGUUCGUGAAAUCCAACGAUGGCGGCGUGCCAGCUUCAACCAGGAUUUUGAUCCGGUACGACAACCAUUUGGGGAUCGAGGAGGUGGAUCUGAGGGGAGUGGGGAGAGGAAGGAGAACAAGAAGAAUAAGAAGAAGAAGAAGAAGAAGAAGAAGAAGAAGGGAUGAGAGAUGUUGAGAGAGGAGGAGGCGGCCCGAUUGAGGAAGAGAGAGGACGCAUUUGGCGGAGGAGAUUGACAGAAGAAGGGUACAAUUAUGGGGAGAGAUUGACGGAAGAAGGGAGGAGAGCUUUUUCUUCUUUUAUUUUAUUGACUUUUUUAAGUGAUAUAAAAAGAUAAAUAAAAUUAGGUUUAAUCA